AUGUCUUCGUUGAAGAAUUAUCUGCGCAAUUUGAAUUUUUUUUCUUCCGAUCUUGAUACUAAUGCCAGAGAAGAUGAACAACAACGUAGUAAUAAUAUUAUUGCUACUCGAGUUUAUCUUAUUGUUCUUCUAAUAAGUUUAAUUUCAAUUGGUAUAUUUAUAUGGGUAAAUUCAUAUAUAACAACAGUUACAUUAAAAUAUUUAACAAAAGAACAAUUAAAAAACCUUCCAGUUGGUACAAAGUGUCCUUGUUCUCGGAUAUCAAUAUCAUAUGGUGAAUUUACAUCAUUAGAACCAACAUAUCAUCAAAUAUGUUCAAGUGAUUUUAUUAGUGAUCGAUGGAUCAAUGCAAUCUAUACUGGUUCAAAUGCAACUUAUUUUAAUAUAAGAGAUUUUCGAAGUUUUUCUAGUGCUCAAUUUCAAGCAUUAGCUACAUAUUGUCAUUUAUCAAAAUCUUAUGUACAACAAUCUAUUGAUACAUUUAAUCAAAGUACAUUUAUUAGUUUAUCAGUUUUAUCUGAAUAUAAUUUUCAAAUAGAAAUUCAAUCAAUUAUUUAUCAAACUCAACAAAUUGUUCCUCAAACUUUUACAAAUCAAUUAGAUUUAAUAAUUCGAAUGACAAUGGGGAAUAAAAUUGUAUCUGGAUUACUAACAAAUUAUAUUAUAUCCUAUUAUUAUAUACCAGGUUAUUUAAAAUAUCCUGAAAUACGAUCUAUUAUAUAUCACCGUGAUGAUGGUACAUUUUGUGAUUGUCAAAAUGAUCUUUAUUGUACAUCGAGUGCCAUCUUUGAUGAUAUAUUUCAAGCACAAACACGAUAUAUAUCUAAUCAUAUAAAAAUAUUGCCUGGAAUAGCAUCAGGUUGUUUACCUAUCAUUUCAAUACUUGAUUCAACACUUGAAUGUUUUUAUAAUCAAACAUGUUUAGAUGAUAUGCUUUCUUAUUUUCCAACAAAUGAAAAAUUUUCAGCAUUAACCAUUCAUAUUAAUAGUUCUUAUAAUCAAUAUACAAAAGUAAAGAAAAUGUUAGAGAAUUUAAUGAUAGAACAAUGGAUAACAAAUAUAUCUUAUGAUAAAUAUUAUAAUCAAUGUGCACCUAUAUCAUGUACAUAUUCGAAAGAAGAAAGACAUAAUUUAUUAUUUGUUAUCACUAAACUUAUUAGUAUUUUAAGUGUUUUAGCAUUAGUUCUUCGAUUAAUUAUUCCCAUUAUUGUUCGAUUUAUAAUAAAAAAAAUAAAUCGUGAACAAUCUCCAUCGAUUCCAAUUGAUACUCGUUUGAAUCAAAUUAAAUCAAAUAUUAAAAAAACCUUGAUUGAAUUGAAUCUUUUCAAACAUUAUCCAAGCAAUGAUCGACAAAUACGAUAUCAACGAUAUGCAACUCGAAUUUAUCUUCUUUUAAUUAUGAUUUCAGUUGGAUCAUUAUUUGUACAUCAUUUAGUUCGUAAAACAAUUCAAUUUAAAACUAUUCUAAAUCCAUCAUUAUCAAAAUAUUUGGAACUUUCUCAAAUAAAUUCCAUUGAUCUUUAUUGUCCAUGUACAUCAAUAUCAAUAUCUUAUUCAACAUUGAUUAGUAUUGAAGUACAUUAUCAUCAAUUAUGUACGAGUUAUUUGAUAUCUUCUCAAUGGAUUGCAUAUAGUAAUUGGAUAUCGAGUUUAUUAAGUGAUAUUUAUGAUUAUCGAUAUCAUGCUGGUAAUCAAUUUCAAACAUUAUCAAUGUUUUGUGAACAUGCUCAACAAAUAAUUAAUAAUUCACUUAGUAUUUUUCUUAAAACACAGUUGUUUAGUUCACAAGUUAUUCGUGAAAAUCAAUUUAAAAUUCAAUUGGAUUCAGCUGUUGAAGAUUGGAAAUCGUCUACAAUAAAUCAAUUUAUUAGUACAAUUGAUUUAAUUCGUAAUAUAACACAAACAAAUCAAUUAAUGAAUCGUCUUAAUAUAUUUUUUCAAUAUCCUAAUGAUGUAAAAACAAUAGUAGAACCUCGAACAUAUAAAGAUUGUAAUUGUGCAUUUUUUGCAAAUUUAUGUUCAACUCCUAUGAGAAUGUUUGGUAUUAAUUCUACUUUAACAAUUGAACAUUUUUAUCUUGGAUGUUAUUUAAUUGAUGCAUUAUUUUUAUCAACAUUAGAAUGUUUUUAUAAUGAAAUAUGUAUGUCUAAUAUCAAUCAAUUUUUAAAUUCAUCUUUAAUUCAAUCGUUAACAUUUCCAGCACUUGAUUCAAAAAAAAAUUCACCAAAUCAAACAAUUCGAUCAAUUUUUGAUCACAUGAUGGUUGAUCAAUGGUUAUGGAAUUUCUAUUAUUCAUCUUAUUAUAAUCAAUGUGCUCCAAAUUUAUGUAUUAUUGAAUAUAUAAAUUCUAAUGAUCUAUUUAAAGUAAUUAUUUUUAUAAUUGGUAUUUUUGGUGGACUUUUAAUAGGUUUUAAAGUUUCAAUCUUAUUUGUACUUCGAUUAACUGAAAAAUUCAUUAAUAAUUUUACUUUUAAAAUUUCAAUUCGUUCUAUAAAAGAUUUUCUCAUUGGUACUAAUGAACAACAAAUGAUUCGUCGAUUACGUUUCCUAUUAGUUUCACUGACAUUGAGUAUUCUUUAUAUAACUGUUGCUUUUAGUUCUCAAUUAACUUCAGUAGAAAUUAAGAAUCCAUCAUUAUCUAUAUAUGAAAAUCUAGUCAAACAAUAUUCGUAUAAUCUUCAAUGUUCUUGUUCACAAAUCUCAAUAACAUAUGGAUCAUUUAUUAAUAUUAAUACUAGUUAUCAUCCAGCAUGUUCAAGAGAUUUUAUUGGUGAAUUAUGGAUGACUUAUAUUACCCAUCAAAAUAAUCCGUUUUAUCAAAAUGUUUCUAAAACUUAUAUUUAUUCUGGUAUUGGACAAAUACAAGCACUUUCUACACUUUGUCAAUUAUCGAAAUCAACAGUUGAUCAAUCAAUGACACGAUUUUUAAAUAAUCAUAUGAUUAAUAGUCAAUUAUUAUCACGAAAUAUUUUAUCUCAAAGAAUUGAAAUGAUUAUCGAUGAAAUAAAAACUACAAUGUCAAAAUUAUUUAUUAAUACAUUUUCAUUAAUUCGUCAAACAACAAAAGCAAAUAAAUUUUUAACUACAUUUGGUUCAGCUUGGUCAUUAGCUGAUAUCUAUAAUCCAAUUUCUGGAGGUACAUUUCAUACAAUACCAGUUAAAUAUGAUCAAUGUGAUUGCGGAUUAUCUUCACAAUGUUUUACAAAAUAUUAUGGAGUUAUUAUUUCUUGUUACAUACUUGAAGGUUUUUUACAAUCAACAUUCGAAUGUCUUUAUGAUCAAGAUUGUAUUGAUAAAACUCAUACAUCUCGACCAUUAAAUAUAUCUAUUAAUCCAAGUCGUUUUUCAAUUAAUUCGACCAUCGAAUCAGUUUUAAAUGAAUUAAUGAUUGAAAAUUUUACAACUAAUUUAUCUUAUUCAAAUUAUUUUAGUCAAUGUUCACCAUCAUCAUGUAUUUUUACUUAUAUCGAUAAAUUUAAUGUUAUUGAAGGAAUAACAACAUUGAUUUCUCUUUAUGGUGGUUUAAUGAUCAUUUGUCAAUUAUUUGCAAUUAUAAUUAUCAAACUAUUACGAUAUCGAUCAGCUCAUGUCACAUCAACUAUUAACACAUUAACUAAUUAA